GAGAAAAAGAGAUGUAGAGCGAUAUCAACAUUUUGACAGAUUUCACAUUCCAUUUUCUUUUCCGUUCAUUCGUUUGACAACGAAUUUGACUUGAGCGUGAACCUCAAAAAUCGUGACAUUUUAUCAACGAAAUAUAAAUAAUUUUAUUUAAUUACAAGCCGCCGAUAUAUCUUCGCGAUGAAAUAUAUAUCCGUUAGUUUAAUAUUGUCUUUAAUUUUUGGUGUUUAUGUUAUCAAUACUAUAUGGACAUUGGCUGAAAUAUUUAUACCGCCAGAAUGUAGUCGUGGCGAGAGAUGUUUUUCAUCUUAUUUAUCUUCAAACCCCGUGCAGCAUUUAGUUCUCUACACUUCUGUUAAAGAACAUCCAUACCUUGAUGGUUCCACAGAAGAAAGUGUGUCAAAAGUUCAUACUUCUAUGAAGUUUGAUUAUAGAAAUCCGGCGACAAUUGAGAUUAAAUUGAAAGUACCGCGUAAAACUCGCAAUAACGGUACAUUAUUCAUGCAUGCAGUUUUGUUGGAUGAUGGCCGCUUAUACAAGGAGUAUGACGAGAUUGUUCGCACAGAGUCCAUUCAUACUCUCCCUCUGAUUACACACACUGAACCUCAAGCAGAAACAUUUAACCUUCUUCAGCAAAAGGCUGAAGGGAAAGCCGUUGUGAAGGAUAAGGUGGUUCGCCCCUACUCUCAUAUAACUACAAUAGCGCCACUGUCUAUCCUUACGGACGACUUGAGACUGCCUAGUAAUAAGAUACCUGGUGAACUGUAUCCUUUCAUAAGAGUAAGAAGCGGUAAAUUUUUGCCCAUACUGCAGCACAACGUAUUGAAAUCCAGAUUAUCACAUUACCAAUUGCUGAACAAGAGUUCUUCCGAGGUCAACAUAACUGUGACGGUAUCACCUACUUCAUACGGUUCUCUACGGUUGGCCCUGCAUGUCCGACUGGCUUUAGAACAGUUGUUUACACUGGGCUUCAGUGAAAAAGACGUAGAUGAUGUCAAGGGAAUAUUUGCGGACACCAAUUUGUAUUUAUUGUCUGCUACAGUGCUGAUUGCAAGUUGUCAUUUGUUAUUUGACUUCCUGGCGUUCAAAAACGACGUAUCGUUCUGGCGUCGCAAGCGCUCCCUGGCGGGGCUGUCGGCUCGCACGGUGUUCUGGCGAGCGUUCUCACAGCUCGUCAUAUUCUUCUACCUGCUGGAUGAGAAUACCUCGCUUCUGGUACUCGUGCCGGCGGGUAUCAGUGCUAUUAUUGAGUUAUGGAAAGUGACAAAAGUCCUGCACCUGCGCAUAUCGUUCUCGGGCUAUAAGAUCCGCGUAUGGCGGGACAGCAGCGCGGACGCGGGUGAACGGAGCACGGCCAAGGCCGAUGCUGAGGCCAUGAAGUAUCUCUCCAUGUUGUUGUACCCGCUGUGUGUGGCCGGCGCUAUAUACUCGCUGGUUUACGAGCCCCACAAGAGCUGGUACUCCUGGGCGCUACACAGCAUCGUGAACGGCGUGUACGCAUUCGGUUUCCUAUUCAUGUUGCCGCAACUGUUCGUCAACUACCGUCUACGGUCCGUAGCAGCCCUGCCUUGGAGAGCCUUCAUGUACAAGGCGUUUAACACCUUCAUAGAUGAUGUUUUCGCGUUUAUCAUAACGAUGCCUAUCGCUCAUCGAGUGGCUUGCUUCAGAGACGAUCUUGUCUUCCUAGUGUAUUUGUAUCAGAGAUGGUUGUAUCCAGUAGACAAGUCACGUACUGACACCGCUUCCAGUAUGGACGAGAACCCAGAAGAAUUAGAACCAAUCAAGCAGAAAGAAGAAUAGUUAAAUAAUUAUUAUUUCCAAGUUUUUAUGGUACCAUGAAGAGGCUGUUUAAGGUGCUAAGUUAGCGCUACGGGACUGUUAAAAAGACAUUUUCGCCGAAUUUUUAUAUUAUGUUAUUUUAUAUUUUUAUUAAUACGCAACAAGUUUACAUAAAUAGCAAUUAUUGAUAUGAAAGUCUUAUGCAUUUCGACAUCACAAAUAAGUUUCUUAUAUAGGGUACAUAUUUUCGAAAAAUUAUCAAAUUAUUUCGGUGAAAUAGUGACUUGUGCUUUGAAUUAGGUUAAAUUAUGAUAAUAAAAUAAUAAUAUUUAUUUAUUUUAAUAUUAAAUUGCUCAUAUUUAAUUUUACUUAUUAGCUUUAUAUAAUUUUGAUCCUAUUCCGUUCAGGGUUUUACGUAUACUAUUAGUUAAUGACGAUUAUGUGAAGUGUUAUGACUUGAGAGAGAAUAAGCUAAUAGUCGCCUAUUUAGAUAAUUAUGUAGGAAAUGUUGUUAGUUUUUUUUCUGCUGGCAACCAAGCUUCCACAUGGCCACACUAAUAAAUAUCAAUGUUUCAAAUGUAACCAAGUUUAAAAUGGCUCGCCAUUGAUGAAAAAAAAGCAUUUUUACGCAUUGUAGUUUUGAAAAGUCGAUUACGUGAUGACAUUGAAAAUAAUCAGCCAUGCGUAUGUAUUUCUACACGCGAAACAAUACGCACGUUGGUAGGCAAACAGAGAUUAUUGUAGUAAAUAAAAUUAAAACCAUUGUUGUUUAUUCGUUUGAGAUUUGUGAGCCAAAAAUGAAAUGAUGCCCACUGAAUUGACACUCCUGAUAAGACAACAAAAUUAGGACAUUUGUAAAUUACGAAAAUUUUAUGUAUUUUAUAUUCAUUAUCGUAUACCUAAAGCUAUUUUUUUACGAAUCAUUUAUUAGGUUAACCUCACGACAUUGGUUGAUUAUAUUAUAUGUUCAAGAAUUACUAAUACUUUUAUGUUACUCUUGCUAAAAUGUCCUAGGAGCUCAUAAAAGACAAUUUUCCUUUAAAUCAGUUUUGGUUGAAACAUUUGCCUACCUAAAUUGUAGGAUAAUAUAAUAAAAAUAUAUAAAAAAUAUUACAAUGCAUAAAAAAAGGUAUCUACUUCAUAAAAUUCUUGAGACAUGUUAAGUAAGUUUGGAUGGUUUAUAGUUAAAAAUAUUGAAAUGAUUGCAAUAAUCACGAGCUUGUGGUAUGUGAAAAUUGACAGAAUUGACAAGAUUCUCAGAUUUGAAGCUUUUUUACAGGAUUAUUUUUAUGAAUUUUUAGACAAUAAUUGUUGUAUUUAUUAUGUAAAUGUGGAUAUUUAGAAUAUUAAAUAUAUCGUGUAUGUGUACAAUUAUACAUAAAAUAAAAUACUCUUUGAAAUUAUGUUUAGGUACGAAAAAAUCGGAUUAGUUGUGAAGUGUAAAGUUAAAUAGAAAUUGAAAUAUGUAAUGCGGAAUCUGUAUGAUCUAUUACAAUAAAAUUAUAAGAGUUUGUUAGUUUAUGUACAUCAAUGGCUGUUUCCGUUGUUAAAACAUACAACAUUGAUAUAAUAUAGAUAGCUAGCUUACUUACUUCCAUUCGCUUAUUAAAUAGUUAGAAAAUAUAGAAUUCUUCCUAUUUUAUUAGGAUACCUAUGACCUAUAUUUAUUUAUAAUUAGUUAAUUUAUCCAUAUAAAUAAAGUGUAAAUUUUGUUUUGUUGGCAUUUUGUAAAAUAUAAAAUAAUAUUGUUAAACGAAUGAGACUUAAAUCUUAUUUAUUAUUUACGAAUGGAAUCGAUGUGGUUGUUUAUAUUGCGCAAUAAAUGAUGUCUUUAUUAAUA